AGGCCCAAACUAAAGCCCAUUACUCAUGUCUGCUAGGGUUAAAAGAAAUAAGGGUUUUAAUUUCUGGAGAGAUAUAAUAUGCUAGUCGGCAGAACAGAAGGGGUAGCCACACAGACGCAAGAGAGUUGUUCUGCGCAACAGCACCCAGCCGCCUACAUCCCAGCCACCCACAUCUGUUGUUCACCAGAGAAGAAGAGGACAGCCGCACGAGAUUGCUCUGCACAUUGGAGGAAAAGUCGCCGCCCAGCCUACUCGGAGGGACGCGAAUCCAAUCUGCACAGAGGAGGAUCCUGAAAUCUGAUUCUUCACCGCCCAGCCUUGCUUCCGGACAAGCAAUUCUCCAUUGUUUGGGUUUUGUUGUUUCUGAUUUCCUUUUACUAUGAUUUUCUGCUGGGAUUUAUUUUUCAUGGCUGUUGAAAUCAUAAACAUGUGUGGCUAGA